GCCUCUUAUUCUUACAAAACUUUUUCCUUCCAUUUCUGUUGCAACAGCUAUUGGUUAUUCCAACACACGUCAGAUCCAUCGCCACCAGUCAUGGUGUCCUUCGUUUGUGCCCUUAUUGGCCUGUGUGCUCGUCUGGUGUCCUCUUUGGCUAUUGAUUCGCGCACAAAUUGCUACUCCGGUGCAUUCAUCAUCAGCCUCCAUGGAUGCAAUGGUCGUGGAGCUGAACAGGGCUACGAAAAGAACUACACAGACCCUCUACUAGUAGCAAUUCCGGACUCCUUUCGAUAUGUACUUCCUUAUGAUGGGUCCUGCGACGACUUAUACACGUACUAUGACACUGUGAACGCAGGGGUUAAUACUCUCAAGAGCGCCAUCGAAGACUACGCGGAAGCAUGCCCAAGCAGUAAAAUUAUCAUUGUUGGGUAUAGCGAAGGAGCCCAUGUCACCCUGAACACUCUUGGUGGAAACCAAACCGAUGGUACAUCGCCAUUAGGAUUAAGUUAUGGCACGCAAAUCGUGUCUAUUUUGACCUUUGGUGAUCCGUCCCGAGCGAUGGCUCAGUCAUACAACCGAGGCACAAACAAAGCCGUAUCAGGCGUCUUUGCGCGUGGCGCAUCGUCGUUGCCGAACCUUGGCUUUUAUGCCGCGCGUCUCCUUUCGUAUUGCGACCUAGGCGACAUAUUUUGUGCACCUAACACCAUUGGAGUUGUGGACGAUGUUCAUGGGAGCUACUUCACAGGAGCUCAUUACGUUAACGAAGCUGUAUCGAUCGCCGUUGAGCAAUUCUAUAAGCCGCUAGGUCGACAUGAGUGAUUCGCAGGAUAAUGUGGUCGUUAAAAAGCUCUAGGAUAGAUGGCAAUAUUCCUCAUUAUUACAGUUUGCUCCUCUCCC